UCAUGUCACUUGAAAUUGUCAUUUGUCUUGAAAUUUUCAUAAAGUUUUGGAUUUGGGCUGGUAUGUGUGUGAAGGAGAUGUAAUUUUGAUUAAAAAUCAUAUCGAUUUUAUUAAAAAUUUUAUAUUUAAUUGGAAAUUAACACCACGCUAAUCUCCAAUGUUUCACAAAGUUAACAAAAGCAACCUACAGCUAUGGCUCGAAGAUACCGCGAUGCCGCUGCCAAAUUACAGGAAAACGUGCAAAAACAUUUAAAAACUAUCAAGCAUGAGGUGUCUUCUUCGGAAGACGACGAACCUUUUGAACAGAAUGUCUUGGAUGGAGUGCUUCAGAGCUACUGUAGGGGUGGUGGAGACACCCAAAUGCUGGAAAGAACCAAGAAUCUCCUCGAAGAAGCUAUAAGUGGUAGGUCUAUAACUUGCUUAAUAUGUAUUGGUUCUAUAAAGCGAGCGGAUGCGAUAUGGACUUGUGAACACUGCUACUCUUAUUUUCAUCUAUCAUGUAUUCAAAAGUGGUCAAAUGACAGCAUUAGCUUACGAAACGAAGAACAUCAUGGCCCGAUUGCCGUGUUCCGACCUAUGAAAAUUGAAUGGUGUUGCCCAAAAUGCCGCCAUUCCUAUGGUAAAGAAGAAAUUCCCAGAAAAUACCGCUGUUUUUGCAACAAAACUGACGAUCCUGUCUAUCAUCCUUGGUUAGUUCCUCACACUUGCGGAGAAGUUUGUGGAAAAAGGUUGUCUUUGGGAGAAAAUUGUAAACACAAGUGCCUGCUACUGUGCCAUCCGGGUCCUUGUCCCCCGUGUCCACAGACAGUGAACAGAGCAUGCUAUUGUGGCAAAUCUAAUAAGAGAGUCAGGUGUAGCGCAGCUCACUGGUCCUGUCAACAACAAUGUAACAAGAUACUGCCCUGCAAGUCACACAACUGUGAAAUAGAAUGCCACGAUGGAAAUUGUCCACCCUGCAACUAUACAAGCUUGCAACCAUGUCAGUGUGGAGCUGAGAAAACAAAGCGCGCCUGCAAUGAUCUCAUAUGGCAGUGCGCAAAGCAAUGUAAUAAACCAUUUGCAUGUGGUUAUCACAAAUGUGAGAAAUUGUGUCACACUGGCACUUGUGGAACAUGCCCUCACUCUGGUAUUCGGUCUUGCCCAUGUGGCUCCAUUGAGCGCUUCAUACAGUGCCCUGAUGUUAUUGAAACAUGUGUCAGUACAUGUGGUAAGAAACAUGAAGAUUGUGAACAUAAUUGUCCAGCAAAAUGUCAUAAAGGACAGUGUCCUCCAUGCUAUGUUUUGAUAGAAAAAAAAUGUCAAUGUUUAACACACACUCGCUCACUUCCAUGCAGCAAAGAGUUCAGGUGUGAAACAAAAUGCAGAGGCACAAGACCAUGUGGAAAGCAUGGUUGUGGUCGCAAAUGUUGCAAUGGUAACUGUCCGCCUUGUGAAAAGAUUUGUGACAAACCUCUUCAAUGUGGUCGACACAAAUGCACCACAGUUUGCCAUCAUGGGCCUUGCUAUCCUUGCCCUUUGGAAUCUAAAGUAACUUGUAGAUGUAAAGAAACAUAUAUAACAGUCCCAUGUGGUAGAGAAAGACACACACGGCCACCUAAAUGCAGUCAUCCAUGUAAGAUAAAAUACAAAUGUGGACAUAUAAAUGAAAAUAAACAUACUUGUCACUUUGGUGACUGUCCACCAUGCAAGGCAAUUUGUAACAAAACACAUGAGUGUGGGCACAACUGUGUAGCCAUUUGUCAUGAAUAUGUGUCAGUAGUGUUCAAACAGGUGGAAAAACCGGCUACGCCAUGGGAAAUUCAGCCUUCCAAAACUAAGAUUGUCAAACAAGAUUGCCCACCCUGUGUCGCCCCUGUUUUGGUGACAUGUUUUGGAGAACAUGAGACAGAUUACCAGCCAUGUCAUAAAGCUACUCGUAGACCAUGUGGCCGAGAAUGUGGCAGACCACUUGCAUGUGGAAACCACUUAUGUGAACUUCUCUGUCAUUUGCAGGAAAAUAAUGUUUCUUAUCCAAAUGUGCCUUAUAUUUGCAAACCAUGCAAUAGAGAAUGUUCAAUAGUCCGUCCAGAGAAAUGCAUGCACAAAUGCGCUAAACGAGGCUGUCAUCCAGGACCAUGUCCACCGUGUGAUAUACUGGAAAGAAUUCCUUGCCAUUGCAAGGUGACAGAAAUGUAUUUUCGUUGCAGAGAGCUUGCAACUUCAACUGAAGAAAUGUUCAGUUGUAAACAGCAAUGUCCAAAGAAUUUAGACUGUGGUCAUCGCUGUAAGAAACUAUGUCACUCUGGACCAUGUAAAGACAACCAAAUAUGCCAUAAAAAGACAAAAAUUAACUGUCCCUGUGGUAAUUUGAAAAAAGAAGCACAAUGCACUGCUGUUAGGAACUCGGAAAUACAAAUUAAGUGUGAUGAAAGUUGUGAAGCUAAAAAAGCUGCUGCUAAAUUGGAAAGGGAAAAAGAAGAAAAAAGAUUAAAAGAAUUGGAAAUAGAGAAAAACCGCAGAGAAUUAGAGGAAUAUGAAUGGAAAUUGAGUGGCAAGAAAAAGAAAUAUAAAGAGAAGAAAAUAGUUCUUAACAAGGAUGACAGAAGUUGGCUACAAAGAUAUUGGGUUCCUAUUUUAUCUGUAGCUGUAGUGAUUGUAGCUGCUAUUUAUUAUAUAUUAAUAAUUAGUUAAUUAGUUUUAACACUUGACUUUAUAUAGACUGAUAUUUUAUAACAAAAGAAAUGUAGUGAAUGGAGUUGUUUGUUAAACCAUGAAACACAAAAGAUCUUUAAAGAGAUCUUUAUAGGUAUGCAGUUAACUUGUUAACAAAACUGUUUAAUUUUUAACAAUUCUCGUCAUGUCUGUAUAAUUUAUUAACACAGUGAGUGUGAUUUAAUUUUUCUGUGUAUUUAUAAUAAGCAGUUUUUAUUAGUAUAAGUAUGUUUUAGUGUCACCAAAUAAAGUCCCUGUUGAAUUCAAUGUGUACUUUGGUAUGAUAAUGGUAUAAUAAAGACCUUUAAUAUUUA